ACGUCUGACUCCCCACAUCCCUACGUUUUCUAAUCAUGGACUCUGAUAUGGUGAUCUGCAAUUCGUUCACCAUCUGUAAUGCAGAGAUGCAGGAAGUCGGCGUUGGCCUAUAUCCUAGUAUGUCUUUGCUCAAUCACAGCUGUGACCCCAACUGUUCGAUUGUGUUCAACGGGCCCCACCUCCUGCUGCGCGCCGUCCGAGACAUCGAGGCCGGAGAGGAGCUCACCAUCUGCUACCUGGACAUGCUGAUGACCAGCGAGGAACGCCGGAAGCAGCUGCGGGACCAGUACUGCUUUGAAUGUGACUGUUUCCGAUGCCAAACCCAGGACAAGGAUGCUGAUAUGCUAACCGGUGAUGAGCAAGUAUGGAAGGAAGUUCAAGAAUCCUUGAAAAAAAUUGAAGAACUGAAGGCACAUUGGAAGUGGGAACAGGUCCUGGCCAUGUGCCAGAAGAUCAUAAGCGGCAACUCUGCACGGCUUCCUGACAUCAACAUCUAUCAGCUCAGGGUGCUCGACUGCGCCAUGGACGCCUGCAUCAACCUCGGCCUGUUGGAGGAGGCGCUGUUCUAUGGCAUUCGGACCAUGGAGCCGUACAGGCUCUUCUUCCCUGGAAGCCACCCCGUCAGAGGUGUGCAGGUCAUGAAAGUUGGCAAGUUGCAGCUACAUCAGGGCAUGUUUCCCCAGGCGAUGAAGAACCUGAGACUGGCUUUUGAUAUUAUGAGAGUGACACACGGCAGAGAGCACAGCCUCAUUGAGGAUUUGAUCCUACUCUUGGAAGAAUGCGACGCCAACAUAAGAGCAUCCUAAGUGAGGCCAGUCAGGUGGAGAGACGGCUUAUGCCUCGACUGAAUGCCUUGCUGAGCUCACACCCUCUAUACUUGGUUUGCUGUAUGACCCUCCCCUGUUUCUGUGUUUAUGUAGGUAGCUAGGCAGAUGUGUGGUUUGCCAACCACAAGAAUCAUUAGUUACAGAGCAGCACGAUGAUAACAAAUAUUAAAAAAUUUGGGUUGAAAUUGC